GAAAUGACGUAAUACAUCAACUUACCAAGGGAAGAAGCUCCUCCAUCUACGUAUCUAUCACACUGACCAAUGGGACAAAGCUUUAUGAAUUAUACAGCCAGUUCUCUGUUGCUGACGAAAUCAACAAAUACAGACUUUUUCUUGGGGGGCCAGCUACAGGGACACUGGGUAACCGUAUGUUAUACACUAUUUUUCCUGAUCACUAUGAUCUGUCUGGGAUGUCCUUCUCCACCCCAGACAGAGAUAACGACAGAGCUAGACAUAACUGUGCUGCUGGAUGGAAAGGAGGCUGGUGGUUUAACGGAUGUCACCUCGCCUUCCUGAACGGUCCCUGGUCACAGGUUGGUUAA